UUCGCAUCUUACAGUACAACCUCAUCACAACUAUCCGGGUCUUCUACUCCCGCCGCCAUAUGCAGAUGCCGCACAUUCUGACGGCUCGAUGACUUUACGUUCAGGCUUCUCGCCUGCCUAGCACCCCUAUUAUUACCAUAUAACCUACCAAUUCUCACGUCUAUCUACCCCUCGAUUGCUCGAUUGCGAGGUCGAGUAUCAAAUACACAUCCACGUUGUUGAGUCGCAAACUAGAUCGCAAUACAUGGGCAUUUGCGCGUCUUGCCUGAGUCGGGGUGGCCGGGACAGCCACGACUCUGAAUCAUCACGGUUGCUUGACGAUGACCUGUACCACUCAGGCUAUGGGUACGGCGCUGUUGGAUCUGCCCAUCGCCAGGGACCCGACCCAGAAUCCUUGAAACGCGAACGAGAAGCCCUAGAGGCAAUAUGCCAACGCACAUCGGAUUCCGUGAUUGAUAUCUGGGCCUUGCAAAGCCCCCACCCGCCCAGACCUGCGCCUUCGUCGAUACAUACGACCACCGCAUCUUCAUCGCGAGCAGCGAGCCACCAGACCGCAACAUCAUCAACAACGGAAGAGCCUCAAUCUCCAGCACAAGAGCAGAAAACUGAAAGCCAAGCAGAUAGCAUUAGACGAGCUGCGUCACCAGCUCCGGGAGAAUUUGGGAAACUGCGCUAUGCGCCACUACCACCAACAAAUGACGUCAACCUCUCAAAUGUACCGAAACAAUGGGGAGAAGUUGUUAUGACGGCGAGGAGGGGUAAAAAGACCAGGCUUGGUAUAAAUACUGAGAACGGAAAAGACGAAUCCAAGGAUAUAUUUGCGGUUUUGGUUAUCGAUUGAACAGCCAGCUGAAAGGCGAAAUCCAUGUACGGACAAACAAGGAGCUGGAUGGAGCUAACAGGCGGAUACUAUAUUCAUCGAUUGAAACAUCAUCACCCAUCAAGCAAAAGCCCGCUCAGAACCUCCCCUUACUCGGUCCAUGAAAGCGUGCUCGGACUCGAUUGCCGGAUCUCCGUCACUAACGACAGCACGCUCUGCUCGAAUAUCCUGGGAACCAAUUUUAUGUUCUUUCAAGAAGAAAAUCCCUCUAUGGUUGAUAUACAAAUGUUCCGACAUAACUCCUAACUGGACCUGAAACCGAUAUCCGCUCGAAGCUUAUUCUUGUCUUCCCCUCUAGAACGCGAGCGUCACAUUUUUUCCCCUGCCUACUACACAUUCCGUGUCCCAAAGGCUAUUUGAAUUGCACCGCAUCUUCUUGGCUGGCCAAAGCCUUCAUUUUAUCCCCAUUUCCUUUUUUAAAUUCUUUUUCCGGGUGAUAUUCCCAUUCGUUUUGUCUUAUUAAGCUGUCAACAUUUCAGUCACGCACAUAUAUCCGUUCGCAUUGUACUCCAUGUGACAACCAAAUAUCCUUAUACAACCACAUCAGCUUCCUUUCUUUGCAUCCUAUUUACACAAAAUCCACCGCUUGUGAGUGGUAGUACUUCAUUAAAAGGGAUGGGGAAGAACCCCCCCCCUCCCUUUUUUUUUUUUUUUUUUUUUUUUUUUUUUUUUUUUUU